CAAAUGUUUUCAGUUUUCGAUUUUCGAAGCGAUUGAAUGUCUUUUGUAAACCAAUAUCUCCUCUCUGACGAUAGUAAAUAAUUGCACGUGCUCCAACCGACCGUUAAACAAAGCAAACAAUGCAAAUGAGCUUUAAAUCUUGUCUUGCCAUCGAGACUAUAGCGUUGAUAUAAUAACCUAUCGUUGCCCCCAUCAGCAGAGAUCACGAACGAGUUCAUAUAACGUUUGAUCUAGUGUUGCUGCGUGUUGAAACAAGCCAGUCGUGAAAAAUAAAGGAAACAACAGUUAAAGUUAUAUACGUACACAGUCUAUUUAUCGGUUCCAUCUGAAGGGGCAACAAAUGGCGCCGUGGAGUUGCGGAUUUUGAUGGUUGCUGGUUUCAUUCUGGAGCAGUGCCAAACUUUUCAUGGACCUGGGACGUUGGAAUAGCUGAGCAAUAUCACAAACCCCCCUGAUGAUGGUUACAUCUAAAUACGAGUAGAUGCAGCAGCUUUCCCCUGGCAGCCAAUCUUGGAGGGAAGAGCAGCCUACGUAAUCAUCAUAAUGGCCAUUUACUGGAUGGUUGAAGCCUUACCAUUGGCAAUCACUAGUUUACUCCCAGUUGUUCUCUUUCCUUUACUAGGUAUAAUGGAUACUGGGAAAGUUUGCACAGCAUACAUGAAAGAAACAAACAUGAUGUUCAUAGGAGGGUUAAUGGUGGCUCUGACUAUCGAACACUGUAACUUACACAAGAGAAUCGCACUAAAAAACAUGUUAUUGGUGGGUGCUAGCCCUCGAAGACUCAUGCUAGGUUUCAUGUUUACAACUAUGUUUUUAUCUAUGUGGAUUUCAAAUACUGCUACUACUGCUAUGAUGGUUCCGAUCGUUGAAGCUGUCGUCGAAGAACUUUAUAAGAACAAUGACGAUGAAGAAAUGGAGAGAGACGUACACAUGGUCCCGAAUGGAUCUUCGGAGGCUAGCUCAGGCGAUAAAACGAUCGAUGUGGAUCUGAAUUCAGUUACUUGUUCUACUGACGAUUCCGUGACUUAUGUUGGUAACAGUUGUCAGCAGCUGGCAGUCACUGAAAUUCAGCGUGAUAAGUUUUCUCGUAUGAGAAAAUGUUGCCUUCUCUCUGUUGCCUAUUCGGCGAAUAUUGGGGGAACGGGCACAUUGAUCGGAAGUGGAACCAACCUUGUUUUAAAGGGAGUCUAUAAAGAAUCAUCUAGUAGCGUGAAUGAUCCUGUGUACCAGCGAAAACUUCGAACAUGUUUUCUUAUGUCAAUUGCGUAUGCUUCGAAUAUUGGAGGCACUGGUUCUCUCAUAGGAUCAAGUCCACAGUUAGCACUCAAAGGACUUUUAAAUGAAUUGUACGGAUCAGCUCCAGGAUUAAACUUUGCUUCGUGGAUGGGUUUCAAUGUUCCAGGAAUGCUUAUCAACACUUUUCUUGCGUGGAUUUGGCUCCAGUAUAUAUUUCUUGGAUUCAGAAGAGAAACGACGGACGAAAACAGUAAAACGGCAGUCAUUCAGAAAUUAAUUCGGAAAAAAUACGAAGAAAUGGGACCAAUGACUUUCCAUGAAUUGGCGACACUGAUUCUAUUCAUAUUGUGCGUUCUUCUGUGGUUUUUCCGGGACCCACAGUUCAUUCAUGGGUGGUCCAAUUACUUGCCCGUUGAAGUAGAAAUAGACGAUGCGACGGCAGUUAUGGCAAUUGUCAUGUUUCUCUUCAUUAUUCCAGCGAAGCCACAGUUUUGGUCCGGUAAUGUGGAUAAAGAGAAUGGGGUCCAUAAACCAAGUCCUGCUCUUUUAGAAUGGAAAUAUGUACAGGACAAUCUACCUUGGGGAAUUGUUCUCCUUUUAGGAGGUGGCUUCGCUUUAUCUGACGCGUCUAAGAUUUCUGGACUGUCCAAAUGGCUUGUGGAUCAAUUGGGUGGAUUAAGUUCCUUACCCCCGUUUGUCGUCAUGUUGAUCAUUUGCAUAAUGACAGCCACCAUUACUGAAGUGGCUUCAAACACAGCCACUGCCAACAUUCUCUUGCCGAUCCUUUCUGAAAUGGCUGUAACUGUAAAGGUCAACCCACUUUACCUGAUGUUACCGGCUACGGUCACUUGUUCUUACGCAUUUAUGCUUCCAGUUGCCACUCCUCCAAACGCAAUAGUAUUUGCUGCCGGAAGAAUGAAUACAGUCGAUAUGGUCAAAGCCGGGUUUUUCAUGAAUAUAAUGUGCGUCGUUGUUAUUUGUCUGAUGAUGGUGAGUUUCGGUGGUCUAAUUUUCCAAUUUGAUGGUUCCCUCCCAGAUUGGGCAGUCCCAAAUGUUACAAAUGAAACAAUGCAAUCGUUUUUUUUAAACUGCACUAUUUAGUGAAUUCACUCACGAUUUCGUGAUAGGAGAGGAGAUACAAUUUGAUGAAUAAACAACAGUGAAAACUAA